UCUUAAGCAACAGAAAAUGGAAACUAUACUGAUCAUCUCUUCGUCGCCACUCAGGUUCCAUCCAUUGAGGACAUCACAAAAGAUCGCCACCGGAACCAAGAGAAGAAGAACCACCACCGUGUGUGCCGACUACUACCGAGGAGGAAGAACGGUGGACGAGAACAUGGUGGUUCUUAGGAAACGGAUCCAUGAGAUGAAGAUGGUUGAACGCAACUAUGAACCUCCUUCUCAUUGGAUGCAAUGGGAGAAACUUUUAUACUGCAACUACGACGCUACUAUAUGUGACGCUCUCUCUCUUCUCCAAACUUUUCUCAUGAACUCUCGUCCCAGCGUCGCGUUUGGAACGUUGCUUCUUCUCCUUGUCAGCGUUCCCGUCUCCUCUGCCGUUUUUGCGUUUCGCAUCCUUGAUAUAACUCUUUGGCUUUUGGACGCCGCUCACGUAGUAUGAUCCGAUUAUACAUAUGUAGUCUUUGUUAUUUUUUCUUGUGUUUAUCCAAAACUUGAAAAAUUUAUUUGUAGAGAUAUUCUAAGAAAAAUCUUGAUUCUAU